CUCCCCGUAACUGCCUGUGGUGGAUUUGCCGGAGAACUGGUAUGAUCAGCUGAGAGUUUUGGGGUUCUUUUUGGGUGGCAAGGCAGGCGAGUCGGCUAGGUGAGCCCAGCCCCGCUGUGACUCCUCAGAGCGACCCCCACCCCACAGCACCAUGUCCAAGCCGACCGAUCACAUCAAGAGACCCAUGAACGCCUUCAUGGUGUGGUCCCGGGGCCAGAGGCGGAAGAUGGCCCAGGAGAACCCUAAAAUGCACAACUCGGAGAUUAGCAAGCGGCUGGGCGCGGAGUGGAAGCUGCUGUCGGAGGCUGAGAAACGACCCUACAUCGACGAGGCCAAAAGGCUCCGGGCGCAGCACAUGAAGGAGCAUCCUGACUACAAGUACAGACCCCGGCGCAAGCCCAAGAACCUGCUCAAGAAGGACAGGUAUGUCUUCCCUUUGCCUUACCUGGGCGACACGGACCCGCUAAAGGCGGCCGGGCUGCCCGUGGGAGCCACGGACGCUCUGCUGAGCUCCCCGGAGAAGGCUAGGGCUUUCCUGCCUCCCACCUCCGCACCCUACUCCUUACUUGACCCCAGCCAGUUCAGCUCCAGCGCUAUCCAGAAGAUGACCGAGGUGCCCCACACCUUAGCCACCAGCACCCUGCCCUACGCCUCCACCUUGGGAUACCAGAGCGGGGCGUUCGGCAGCUUGAGCUGCCCCAGCCAGCACACCCAUACUCACCCUUCGCCAACUAACCCUGGGUAUGUGGUGCCCUGUAACUGUACAGCUUGGUCGGCUUCCAGUUUGCAACCUCCAGUUGCCUACAUAUUAUUCCCAGGCAUGACCAAGACUGGAAUAGACCCCUAUUCUUCAGCACAUGCGACUGCCAUGUAACACACCCACAUACUCGCAAGCGAGACUUGGUUUGCAGUCAGAA